UGAUGUUUCUUUUUGCGAAACGUUUUCGUGUGUACAGUACGGAAGGUGCAGAUGAGAGCCCGAAGGGACGCGGGGCGGGCGCUGCGGUUCCCGGGCGGUGCCGGCGCUGAGCGGGAGCGUGUGGCCCCACCUGGGCAGCGAGUCCCGAGCGUUCGGGAGAAAAAAGGAUAAAACAAGGGGGUAUGGGCAGGUGUGAACUGCAGAGAGAGUACGCGAGGGGACACUCAACUCUGAGCUUUGUGUUUGUCUUUAGGAGCUCCGGCUCUUUCUGCAUUUGUUUAUGAACUUUGCGCAGCGUUGUUUCUGGGUUGAAAUAAAAUCCUCUCGGAGGAUAAUUCUGUUGCCUGUUUCCACUGUGCUAGGGCUGUGUCGCUUGCAUGUAAAACAGGCCCACGUGUGUUUCAGUUACUUGAACCAUUUCAGAUGAAUGCUUUUGGGAACCUAUUGCUACUAUUUCAUUCAGAGGUGGUUAUUUUUGUCCUGCAAAAUGCAUGUUUGUAAUUUCAGUAAAAUUCUGCUGCCCUUUUAAAAGCUGGUAACGUGGCAAGGACCUAAAAUUCUUUUAAGAAACUUUACGAAAUAUAACUGGGUUUUAUCUUAGUUUAUGUUUCAGCAUGUAUUGUAAUAUUUUCUAGUAGCUGACUUUAUAAAGUGUUAAUCUUUCUAGAGUCAUUCACAGAGAAAAAGCAGGAACCAUGUGGCUAUAUGUAGUUUGUUAAGUAGAGCUUUAAUGGUUCAGGAAGACCAAGUACAUCUGGGUUUUGUUAUCAGUGUUGUUUUGAACACAAAAUUUUCUAGACUAUGUCAAUUUCAAGUAUCUGUUAUUGUGAAAACAAUGUUCUGAGUGUAAAUUUCCAAGACUGAAAUGACAGUCACACUAAGGAAGAUGUAAACUGUACUGCUUACCAGUUUGAUGUAAAGUUAAAACUCUCUGAUUCCUGAGAGAACAGGAUACUGUUGGUAUUUUAGGAAGUUCAGGAAGACUCUGUUAUCCUAAGAAAUAAACUAAGUUUACUGAAUCAUAGGGUGAUUGUUUUUGCUGAUAAAAUAUAGGUGUGGCACAUAAAGUGAUUAAUUUUAAAAAGUGCUUUUGCAUGGGAAUCUCUGGAGUCAACAGUGAGAUCAUGUUAGUAUAGUUAUCGUAGAAAUGCUUUCAUUUGUCACAGGUAGAAUGCAACAUAAAUUUGUUGUGCAGUUUCUGUGAGCAUUUACUGAGCGUGCAAUUCAGGCUUUUUGUUGUUUUGUAAUAAGUACUGAUAACAAAUCAGCAGAGAGAUCUUCUGCUCCCCGUUCUUCAACUGGGAGUUUUACUUCCUAGUUGCAAAGCCCCAUCUACUGACUUCUCACCAUACUAUCAAAUUUCCCCAGCUACCUUGGUGUUGGAAGACUCCACAUGAGAGUGCCCAUAGCAACUUCAUUGGGCUGUGAAGAUGUAAGAAGUCUCACUCACACAACCUAGUGUUUUAUAGACCCUCCAGGGAAACAGCCCCUGAAACAGCUCGUUUCAUUUCUUGCUUUUCUUAAGCACCUCCUUGUUUCUUUCUCAUUUCAUCACGUUGCUCUUUUAUGUCUCUGGGCCCCCUGGAGGAGAAGCAGACAUGUUACCAUGCAUUUGAAGAGAGUGGCUAGUUGCUAAUGAAAAUAGUGUGCCUGGAGACUUUUCUCCUCCAAUGCAGCUGAUUCAUAUUGGUGAAAGGAAUCUCAGAUGAGCAGAGCCCAGCUUGCAGAACUCAGGUCAGGGGAAGAAAUUCAUGCAGAUAGGUACAACUAAGCAUCAAAUUCAGUAUAUACAGCACUACCAAGAUUUCUGCCAAAGCUGCUGUUACAUUUUUUUUUAAUUCUUUCAUUUUUUUCCUGCUCUCUUCCCUACUUCAGCAGUUGUCUCACUGUAUAGUUCAUGGUUCUUCCACACUCGGGCCUCUCUCUUUCUUUCUUUAUUAUUUAUUUACCACAUGCCUCUGCAGCUCAUUGUACUUAUUUUAAGGCACUCGAGUGACUUUACGUUGGACCAGCAGGUCUGAGAGGACAUGAGCAUGUUAAUUGUACUUUGGUUCCCUCUGUUGUUUAAUUCUGAGGCAUAAUUACUGUUCUGGGGGCUCAUGUGCUCCGUGGAUGUGUGUGAGCUGUUCCCCCAGAGGCUGGUGUGACUGCAGUUCAAUCUCAGCUGUGCUGCAGGCAGACAAAAGGAGUGUAAGUGCCAUGUGUGUGUUCCUUGGUGCCUUCAGGAGCUGAGAGCUGGGACCUCGCGGGCUGAUAGCGGUGCUGAGGGGAAAUGCAGCUCAGAUGGUGCUCAGGGCUCCUGUGAGCUGGACUGAGCAGUUUCACUCAGUGUCAGGGCGUGCUUCUGGCUCCUCAUCUGCUGGGCUGCUGCAGAAACACCGAGAGGCUGAGUGCUCCAAGUCACAUUUCCCUGUGCAGUCAUGCAGGUGCCUGACCUUUGGACACAGGGCACUGCUCCUCUGCGCUGCAAGAAUGUGGAUUUCAGCACUCGAGGCUUUUAUCUCUGUCUCUGUUGCUUAGUCAACUGGACUGGAAUGAAGUGGCGCAGAUUAAAAUUACGUGUCACCCUGAAUAUUGGUCUGAUGAUUAAACAAAAGAGUAAAAAAUGGAAACAGUAAAUGGUGGUAAGGACAACAGGUAUUAGCAAUUGAGGACAACACUUCUGCUGUCUGAAGAUGGAGAACAACAUAACUACUAUCUCUCGUGAAGAGCUUGAAGAGCUACGAGAAGCAUUUGGCAAAAUAGAUAUUGACAACAGUGGCUAUGUCAGUGAUUACGAGCUUCAAGACCUGUUUAAAGAAGCAAGUCUGCCCUUGCCUGGUUACAAAGUCCGGGAGAUUGUAGAAAAAAUCAUUUUAGUGACAGAUAGCAACAAGGAUGGGAAAAUCAACUUUGAAGAAUUUGUCUCUAUAAUUCAGGAAUUGAAAAGCAAAGAUGUUAGCAAAUCUUUCCGAAAAUCAAUAAACAAAAAGCAAGGUAUUACAGCAAUUGGAGGAACAUCAGCAAUAUCUAGUGAGGGGACACAGCACUCUUACUCAGAGGAAGAAAAAGUUGCUUUUGUUAAUUGGAUAAAUAAAGCUCUACAAGAUGACCCAGACUGUAAGCACCUCCUACCCAUGAACCCAUCAGAUGCCAGUCUGUUUAAAUCCCUUGCAGAUGGCAUCCUUCUUUGCAAAAUGAUCAACUUUUCACAACCAGAUACAAUUGAUGAGAGGGCUAUUAAUAAGAAAAAACUCACUCCUUUCACCAUUUCUGAAAACUUAAACCUGGCUCUGAACUCAGCUUCUGCCAUUGGCUGCACGGUUGUCAAUAUUGGAUCACAAGAUUUACAAGAAGGGAAACCACACUUGGUGUUGGGACUCUUGUGGCAGAUCAUUAAAGUUGGCCUUUUUGCUGAUAUUGAGAUCUCCAGAAAUGAAGCUCUUAUUGCCUUGCUAAAUGAAGGGGAAGAGCUGGAUCAGUUAAUGAAGCUUUCCCCAGAAGACCUCUUGCUGCGCUGGGUGAAUUACCAUCUGGCCAAUGCAGGGUGGCAGAAAAUCAGUAACUUCAGCCAAGACAUUAAGGAUUCAAGAGCAUACUACCAUCUGUUAAAUCAGAUUGCACCCAAAGGAGAUGACCUUGAACAAUUGCCUAUUAAAAUUGACUUUACAGGAUUUCAUGAUAAAAAUGACUUGAGGAGGGCUGAAUACAUGCUCCAACAGGCAGAUAAAUUGGGCUGCAGACAGUUUGUAACUCCAGCUGAUGUGGUUGCAGGCAACCCUAAGCUCAAUUUGGCUUUUGUUGCAAAUCUCUUUAACACAUAUCCAGCCCUGCACAAGCCUGACAAUUCAUCUUAUGAUCUCAAUUUAUUAGAAGAUUUGACCCCUCCUAAUGUAGGAGAAAGUAAAGAAGAAAGGACUUUCAGAAACUGGAUGAAUUCACUGGGUGUGAGCCCAUAUGUUAAUCAUUUAUACAGUGACCUUUCUGAUGCUUUAAUCAUCUUCCAACUGUACGACAUGACGCGUGUUCCGGUUGACUGGAGCCACGUCAACAAACCUCCUUACUCACUGCUCGGUGGCAACAUGAAGAAGAUUGAAAAUUGCAAUUAUGCAGUAGAACUUGGGAAGACAAAAGCCAAAUUCUCACUGGUUGGUAUUGCUGGACACGAUCUAAAUGAGGGUAAUCCAACUCUGACUUUGGCUUUGGUAUGGCAGCUGAUGAGAAGGUAUACUUUGAAUGUACUAUCUGAUCUUGGAGAGGGCGAAAAAGUAAAUGAUGAAAUUAUUAUUAAGUGGGUGAAUCAGACACUUGCAAAAGCAAAUAAGAAAACUUCAAUUACAAGUUUCAAGGACAGAUCAAUUAGCACUAGCUUACCUGUCCUAGAUUUAAUAGAUGCCAUUGCACCAAAAGCAGUUCGUCCAGAAAUGGUCAAGAGAGAAGACCUUUCUUACCAAGACAAAUUGAAUAAUGCCAAGUAUGCCAUUUCAGUUGCUCGAAAAAUUGGUGCUCGUAUUUACGCUCUCCCAGAUGAUCUGGUUGAAGUGAAGCCAAAAAUGGUGAUGACAGUGUUUGCAUGUUUGAUGGGAAGAGGACUGAACAGAAUAAAAUAAUGCAGACAUACAAUAUAACUUUCUGCCAUGUUAAGCACAAUGAAUGCCUCGCAGUUUACAGAGCUCUGAAACUUAGUAUGAGAAAAAUUGUAUGCACAAAUAUCAAUUAUCUUUUAAUAAUGUGUUUAUAUUAGUUAAUUUUCUUCAGUUACAUCACACAUGAAUUAUUUAUGGCUAAUACCAUUUUCAGAACACAUUCACUAACAAAUUAACAUCAUAGAUUUGUAUUGCUUGGAAAAACCCGUAUGAAUCAAGCUUCAUUUGUAUUAGUUUCCAUAGCACUGUGAGAACCUGCGUUGUUUUACAUAUGUUGUUUCAGGACCAGUUAUGAAACACUGUUUGAUUUUUGUGGGUGUUACUUACAUGUAGUCAUACAAGUCUGAAGGUGCAUUCCAGUCCUGUUGGAUUGGACUUCAAACUGCACAGAAAUUAUCAUCCUUGCCUUAUUCUUGGAGAGCUUAACUCUUAUUGGAGCCAGUGAGAGUCUUGUCAUUGACUUCAGAGCAAGCAAAGGCCUAUGAUAAUGUCUGGUAACUUAUGAAUACUGAUUAAAAUGAUGAAACUUUUUUGUGGGAAUUAUCUUUAAAUAUAUGUAGUAGUUUUGUUCUGUAACGUAGCAGAAACUUUUACAAACUAUGUUGUAUGAGAAAACCAGCAAUAGAAAGCAAAACUGUCCUGUCAUUAGUAGGUCUGCAUAUGUGCUAAGUUUUGCAGUUGGACUAAACAGCUGUUGCUUGAGUUUUUUUAACCUUUUCAUAAAAUACUGUAUUAAGAAAACAAUAAAGAGCUGGCUAGUCCACUAUGGAAUUUCA